GUCGCCAUGUAACAAAACAGAAUUUGUAAGCUAACCAAAACCUCCUCCUCCUCCUCUUCUUCUCCCCUAUAAAAUCAGCUUUCCUCUCCACACUCCAAUGCACCACUUCUCCACAAUUACAGUAAUGGAGAAAUCCCAAAUCAAAGUUUGCGUCACGGGAGGCUCUGGCUUCAUCGGCUCCUCCCUCGUCAAGAAACUGCUGGAAAAGGGCUACACCGUCCACGCCACCCUCCGCAAUCUCGAGGACAAGGCGAAAGUGGGUCUCCUGACUUCCCUCCACAACGCCGAGACCAAUUUGGUCCUGUUCGAAGCCGAUAUCUACAACCCAGAUCAGUUCCAGGCCGCCAUCAAUGGCUGCGAAUUCGUUUUCCACGUCGCUUACCCUCUCCAACACAACCAGAACAGCUCCACGUACAAGGACAGGAUGGAAGCCAUGGCUGCCGGGUCGAAGAGCAUAGCGGAAAGCUGCAUCAAAUCGGGAACCGUGAAGCGGCUGAUAUACACCGCCUCCGUCAUGGCGGCGUCGCCCCUGUUUCAGGACGGAGUCGGUUACGGUGACGCCAUUGAUGAGUCAUGUUGGACACCUCUCAACGUCUCUUUCAAAUGCAGCGAUACUUUCACCUUGGAAUACACGAGGGGAAAGACAGUGGCGGAGAAAGAAGUGCUGAAGUACAACUACGACGCCGCCGCCGGCAAGCUGGAAGUGGUGAGCCUGGUCACGGGGCUGGUCGGCGGGGACACGAUUCUCUCGCACGUGCCGACGAGCGUGGAGGUGAUCGUCUCUCCGGCCACCGGAAACUUGUUCGGCUACAACCACGGGCUGAUGCUGAUACAGGAGUUGUUGGGAUCGGUGCCGCUCGUCCACGUGGAAGACGCCUGUGAAGCGCUGGUUUUCUGCGUGGAAGGGGAGAAGACGGCGUCGCUUAAGGGUAGGUUUCUGUGCGCAGCUGGCAGCCUGAGCGUGAGGGAAAUCGCCACGUGUAUCCGGGGCCGCCAUCUCGACUGCCACGUGGAUGCCACGAUGAUGGGCGAAGAUGGGAAAGGAAUCAAGCUGGACAAUUCGAAGCUCGUGGAGAUGGGGUUUAGGUACAAGUACGAUGCAAAGGGUGUUAUCGAGGAGAGCUUGGAGUGUGCCAAACGCCUUGGUGCUCUUCCUGACCUAGCUCGUUAGAGCUUUUUCGACGAAAUUGGAACGGAGUUCAAUUAUUUCGUAUGUCAGUCAGUUGGAUACGAAUGUCUGAAAGAUCCGUUGGAAUUGUGUAUGAUUUUAGAAUUUCUUAAGAAAUUCGAGAAUUAGAAAUGUCGUUUUGUAGUGAGUCGGAUUGAAGGAUGGUCGUUUCACUAGGCCGCUGAAAUUGUGUCCUCGCUCCCGACAUCGAGUUGAAUAUGUUUUGAAGGAGAGUAAAUAUGUGGCUAAUUGUCUUGUUUAUGUAGGUUAUUGUUUGAACCUAACUGAGUGUAGGAGUGAGGUUCGAAUGAGAGUUUGGGUCAAGAAGAAACGCGAGCGUCAAGUUCGAUCGGGGAGAGAGGAAUUAGAGAGUUGAGCGAGGACCGGAGUCCAAACUUUUAGAAAGAGAAGUAAUUGUUAUAGAGAGAGAAUGGUGAAAAAUGCGAUCCCCUCACCCACCGUAGUAAAUGCCGUAUUUAUA